AUGCAUUGUCUGUCUCCCAAGAUGGUUUGUGAGACCAAGAUUGUGGCGGAAGAUCAUGAAUCAAUCCCGGGAUCCAAAAAAGACACGAUCAUUGUUUCCUCCUCCCAGAUGUGGCCCUCUUUGGCGGGCUCCCCUCCCUCACCCCCACCUCCCCUCACCCCACCAAAAGAAGACCCCAGGCGCGACAAUGUCUAUAUCCGCGAAUUCCACCCCUCUGAACAAGAGGUGGUGCGCCGCAUCUUUUACGAGGGGAUCAUGGAGCGAAUCCCCAACACGGCGUUCAGGGGGCUAAAGCAGCAGCCCCUCACUCAGCUGCUCUACGGGCUGCUGGCGGUAAUGUGCUUUGUUGUGACCAAGUCCUUCCUGCUGACCUGCUGUUUGCCCAUCUUUCUGAUGGGCAUGAGGUACUACUUCAGUAGAAAAGUUAUCCUGCACUAUCUCGAUUGUGCGCUGCACACGGACAUGUCCGAUAUUGAGCAAUAUUACAUGAAACCGCCAGGCUCCUGCUUCUGGGUUGCCGUCCUGGAUGGCAACGUGGUGGGGAUCGUGGCAGCGCGGGGCAACGAGGAAGACAACACCGUGGAGCUUCGCCGCAUGUCCGUCGACUCCAACUACCGCGGCAAAGGCAUCGCCAAGGCCCUGGGCCGCAAAGUGCUGGAGUUCGCCAUGCUCAACAACUACUCCUCCGUCGUGCUGGGAACCACGGCCGUGAAGAUGGCAGCCCACAAGCUCUAUGAGUCCUUGGGGUUCAAGCACGUGGGUGUCGUUGAACAUUAUGCCCUGCCAGGGAUGACACGCUCCUUACUGGAGAGAAUGUUUUUCCAGGUCCGCUACCACCGCUACCGCCUGCAGCUGCGGGAAGAAUAAAAAAAACCCCCACCAACCAAAACAAAAAAAAAAAAACAAAAAAAAAAACAAAAAAAAAUUUUUUCCCCCUUCCUCCCCCUUCAAAAAUAAUAAAUUACCCUUCUAUUUCUCAUCACCAUUGAUUUACCAGUUUUGGGUUAGAGUUUUUGUACCCUCACGUCAUGUUUUGGUUUGCUCCGUUCAGCUCGAUGGGCCGGCCGAGCAGCGCCCCUUCCUCGCAUGCUGUAGGUGGUGGUGCUGGGAGUCCUGCAACCCAGCGGGGUGGAGUGGAGCAGCGGCCUCUCCUUCCCAGGUACCUCCGUAAAGCACAGAAACUUACUGCAAAAUAGUACAACUGCUCUGGUGUACAUAGUCCUCUCCUUUUCCAGGUGUAAGAUAACAUAGUGAGAUGCAUUCAUAAUAGUGCAGAAAUAUUACUUGAAUGCAAUUUUCAGUAUUUCACGCAUCAGUAAGUAGAAUAUGCAUUCCUCUUACAGUAAUCUACUGGUUAAUAGUUUUCAGAGAAAAGGUGGGGGGUACACCCUGCCUCCCCGCCCCAACCCGCUUGCUACAAUGCAUGAAGAGGAAAGCGCGUGCACGCACUCAAACACAUCGCACUGCCACCACGGCACUGGUGUUGCACUUUUUUUGGAUGUGCCUCAUUCUGCCAAAUGUCUGAGAGACCCCGGGUGCAUCCGGUAACCACGACUCCGCUCCACCUCCCCCUCCUUCCUAAGCCAGCACAGACUCGGACCGGCUGAACUGAGCCCCAUUGUACCAUAGUGUGAAGUUAAGAUCAGAUCUAAGUAUCUCCUGCGCUGUUCCGUAGCCACACGUAACCUGCAGUCCUGGGCCAGACUCCGCAUGUGCGUUGGACUUUCUCUUUGCUGCCUUUUGGGGGUUUUUGUUUGUUUUCAUCUUAUUUUUAAGGGUUAUUUUUUUUUGUUGUUGUUGUUAUUUUUAGUUUUGGCUUCUGCUGAAUGGUG